GGAUCAUACACCGGCGCCCUUCUUCCCGUUUUGCCCCCAAGUUUUUACCGGCCUCCCACUCCGCCGCGUAACCGCCGAAGGAAAACCCGAACCGUCUUUUUUUCUCUCUCCUCCGCAGUAGAAAUGCGCUCUCUCCUCACCCUUUCACUUCACUCCAUGGCCUCCUCGGAAACCACCCCAUCCUUCGACUCCACUCGUCUCUUCCUCGCCGCCACCGACAAACCCUCCCUCUCUCUCCCUCCACUGUCGCCCUCCGACCUCCCACCCUCGAAGCUCAUCCCCCACACCCGCUUCCUCGUCGACGCCUUCCGCUACGCCGGCGACCACUCCGUCUCCUACUUCCUCUCCCACUUCCACUCCGACCACUACACCGGCCUCUCCUCCGCCUGGUCCAGGGGCAUCGUUUUCUGCUCCCCCACCACCUCCCGCCUCCUGAUCGAAGUCCUCGGCGUGCCUGCCGUGCUCGUCGUGAGCUUGCCGGUCGGAGAGGUGGUCUCGAUCGAUGGCUGCGAGGUCAGGCUCGUGGACGCCAACCAUUGCCCUGGCGCGGUCAUGUUCCUGUUCAAAGUCCCAGGAGGUGGUGAUGGUGAGUUCCGGCGGUAUGUGCACACGGGUGAUUUUCGGUUUCGUGAUUCGAUGAGAUUGGAGCCCGGUUUGGGAGAGUUCGUGGCUUGUGACGCAAUCUUCUUGGAUACCACUUAUUGUAAUCCUAAAUUUGUGUUCCCCUGUCAGGAAGAGAGCAUUGAUUAUAUAGUCAGUGUCAUAGAUAGAGUCGGAGGUGAAAAUGGGGAUUCGGCAAAGAGCAUUUUGUUUCUUGUGGCGACUUAUGUCAUUGGGAAAGAGCGGAUUUUGCUUGAGGUAGCCAGGCGGUGUGGUCGUAAGGUGUACGUGGAUGGUAGGAAGAUGGCAAUUUUGCAUGCUUUGGGGUACGGCGAGAGUGGGGCAUUUACAGAGGAUGAAAGUGAAACUGCUGUUCAUGUUGUUGGUUGGAAUGUGUUGGGCGAAACAUGGCCAUAUUUUCGACCUAAUUUUGUUCAGAUGAAGGAGAUUAUGGUGGAAAAAGGAUAUAAACAGGUUGUGGGCUUUGUGCCCACUGGGUGGACGUAUGAAGUGAAGCGAGAUAAGUUUGCUAUUAGGAAGAAAGAUUCAUUUGAGAUUCAUCUUGUACCAUACAGUGAGCAUUCAAACUACAAUGAGCUAAGGGAGUUUGUGAAGUUCUUAAAACCAAAGCGUGUUGUUCCUACAGUUGGCUCAGAUAUUGAGAAUCUUGACAGCAAGCAUUUUCAUAGAGUGCAAAAGCAUUUCGCUGGAUUACUUGAUGAGACUGCCAACAAGAAAGAGUUCUUGAUGAAUUUCCUCUCAAGGUCCUCUGAAAAAGAGGACAUAGUUGGAGGAGUAGUUGCUACUGCUUCAGAUGAUGCUUCGAUGCAAGAAAAAGAGGAGAAUUUAUCAAAGGAAGAUCUUAGUGAAAUUUUGGAUCCAAAAUUUCUUUUAAAUGAAACAACUGAUCUGAAAAAAGGAGGUUCUGAAGAGUCAGAUUUGCCUUUGGAAGAGGGUGAGAAGGAAAUCUUACAGGCCCUCCAGGAUUGUCUUCCUGCAUGGGUCACGCGAGACCAGAUGAUAGGCCUAAUCAACAGCUCAGGGAGGAAUUUGGUUGAUGCAGUUUCUAAUUUCUAUGAAAAGGAGACUGAAUUCUACCAACAAGUUUCUGCUUCUGCUUCUGCUUCUUCUUUCCUGGCAUCCGUUACGAGUUCAAGUGAUGUCCAUCCAUCACCUUCAGUACCAGAUUCUGUAAAGGGUAGCACUUGUGGAAUGGGAAGUACAUUUAGCAAAGACUUCAAGUUGCCCACCGUGCAAUUAAGCAUGACCAGCAAGUCUCCUGGAAAGAAGAAGAGAAAUGUCAGAAAUAGCCCGAAAAAGAAGCAGAAGAGCGCUCCAAAGUUGGAGUCAAGUGGGUCUGGACAAUCUAGAAUAACAAGGUUUUUCACUAAAAGUGUGCCCAACAGUUCUCAAGAUGGUGGACUUGAAUCCGACUCUCAGCCAUGCUCUAAAGAUGAUAACAUUUCAUGCUCAUAUCACGACAAAAUAGAUCAGUUUAUGCAAAUUGUAAAUGGCGAUAAUUCGUUAAGAAGCUAUGCUGCCAGCAUCUUGGAAAAAACAAAAGGAGACAUCGACAAGGCUCUGGAUGUGUAUUAUCGUGAUACGGAGAGUGGAGCUGUAGACAAUAACGACAUUUCAGUUGUAUCAGUGGUCUCAAGUCAAUCUGUCACCGCUAGUGAUAGUAAAUUCACCACUGGCCACAUCACACUGUCAGAGAACUCAGGAAGCGUGGCUGCUAUUUCAGUGGAGCGUCCACUAACUGAAAUAUGCACAAAUUUCGUGUCAGUUCCACUUGAAAAGUAUAAUCCUGUUGAGCAUGCUUCCUGGAGACUUGGAGAGCCCGCUCCUUAUAUGCAUCUUGCACGGACUUUUGACCUUGUUGAAAGGGAAAAAGGCAAGAUAAAAGUUACAUCCAUGCUUUGCAACAUGUUCAGAAGUUUGUUGGCUUUGUCACCUGAGGAUGUUUUACCAGCUAUGUAUCUCUGCACAAACAAGAUUGCUCCUGACCACGAAAAUAUGGAGCUAAAUAUUGGUGGAAGCCUGGUUACAGCAGCCAUUGAAGAUGUCUGUGGAGUGAAAAGGUCUAAAAUAAGGGAUAUGUACAACAGAUUGGGUGAUCUUGGUGACGUUGCCCAAGAAUGCCGACAAACACAAACUUUACUUGCCCCUCCUCCGGCGCUGCUGAUUAAAGAUGUAUUCUCUGUGCUAAAAAAAAUAAGUUUCCAAACAGGGACCGGGAGCAAUGUCCGCAAAAAGAACCUUAUUGUGAGUCUCAUGCACUCCUGUAGGGAGAUGGAGAUGAAAUUUAUUGUGAGAACCUUGGUUAGGAAUCUAAGGAUUGGAGCAAUGAUGAGAACUGUUCUGCCCGCAUUUGCUCAAGCUGUUGUAAUGAACUCGUCUUUUGAAGACACAUCACAAAAGUUGGAGAAGAUUCAGAGCCUUUCUGCCUCCAUACUUGAAGCAUAUAAUGUACUUCCUAGUUUGGAUUUGAUUAUACCUUCUCUCAUGAAGGAAGGAAUUGAAUUUUCUUCCUCACAUUUGUCGAUGAUCCCGGGAUUGCCUAUAAAGCCGAUGCUUGCAAAAAUUACCAAUGGAUGUCCAUCAGUAUUGAAACUCUUUGAAAAUAGGGCCUUCACAUGUGAAUAUAAAUAUGACGGUCAACGUGCUCAGAUUCACAAGCUAUUUGAUGGAUCUAUCCGCAUUUUUUCAAGAAAUGGAGAUGAGACAACUUCCAGAUUUCCAGAUCUGAUUGCCAUAGUUAAGGAAUUGUGUAAGCCUUCUGCUGGGACUUUCAUAUUGGAUGCUGAGGUAGUUGCUGUUGACAGGAAGAGCGGAUGCAAGCUCAUGUCUUUUCAGGAACUGUCUUCACGAGAGAGAGGGGGUAGAGAUUCUUUGGUUUCAUUGGAUAGCAUUAAGGUUGAUAUCUGCAUAUUUGUCUUUGAUGUCAUGUUUGCAAAUGGAGAGCAGCUACUUGGUUUCCCCCUCCGUGGAAGACGUAAAGUCUUGCGGGAACUUUUCAAUGAUGAGAAGAAGGGCUUUCUCGAGUAUGUUGAGGAAAUGACUGUGGAUGCCGAGGAUUCUCAUUUGGAUAGAGAAGAUACAUUGGCUAGGAUGAACUUGUUUCUUGAAGAUGCACUCCGUUCUUCAUGUGAGGGGAUUAUGGUAAAAUCUUUGGACAUCGAUGCUGGAUAUUCUCCAUCAAAACGUGCUGAAACAUGGUUGAAGGUAAAGCGGGACUAUGUAGAAGGAUUGGGUGACUCUCUAGAUUUAGUCCCAAUUGGUGCCUGGCAUGGUAAUGGGAGGAAAGCAGGAUGGUACAGUCCGUUCCUGAUGUCAUGUUACAAUCCUGACACAGAGGAGUUUCAAAGUGUAUGUCGUGUAAUGUCUGGGUUUUCGGAUUCAUUUUACAUCGAGAUGAAAGAGUUCUUUUCAGGGGACAGGAUCUUGUCCAAGAAGCCACCUUGUUACAAAACAGCGGAGGUGCCUGAUAUGUGGUUCUCUCCAGAAGCAGUCUGGGAAAUUAGAAGUGCAGACUUAACUCUGUCACCUGUCCACCAGGCUGCUGUAGGUUUAGUUCAUCCUUCCCGUGGCAUCUCUAUGCGGUUUCCCAGAUUUAUUAGGUGCGUGUCGGAUAGAAAUCCAGAAAAUUGCAGCACAGCAGCUGAUAUUGCUGAGAUGUUUCAGUCACAGACUAGGAAGAUGGACAUGAGCUCUACGGGUUGAAGUUGAAGUACCGUUUUGCAGUUUCAAGGGAAGUACAGAAGGUCAGUAGCUGAGCAGCAGCUGGUUGAUAUUUCACUUGCAGAUGGUGUAAAUAGUUUCUGUAAAGAAGAAAUUUAGGAAGGUUAUACUGACAUACCCUGUUCAGAUAAGGAGAGAGGCGGGCGGUGUUCAACUCAACAUGAUGCUCACGAGUCACAGGGGAUCUUUGCAACUUUCAGGGGCUCUACUAGUACUUUCAGCCAAGCCUUUAGCAGCAUGCGGCCUCUUUUGUGCGGGGCACAGCUUGUUAGCGUCAAGCCGUGUGUGUUGCAUUCGGCUCUUUCUGUCUACAUGUAAGCAGUAGUUAGGUAAACGGACAGGGCCGUAAUGGCAAAAUUUGGUACAGAAUGGUGUCCUGGAGAGGAUGUAACCAUGCACGUACAGGCGUAUGACUGGGUACACGAGAUGCAUUUCCUC